GGAAGGGGAGGGGGAGGUGCAGCAAUGGCGGACAAGCCGAGCCGCGGGCUGGUGCUCUACGCCGCGGGCCACGCGGCGCUGCUCCCUCCGGCCAGCGGCGGCGGAGGCGGAGGGAACCACCACCUCGACGCCUUCGCCUCUCUCGCGUCGUGCGGCUUUCUGUCCCUCCGCUCCCCGGCCCCGAGCGGUACUGGUGGAGAAGAGAAGUGUAGCAGCACGAUUCUUGAGCUUGCGCAGCUGCUCGACGUGUAUGACGAUCUCUUCCCCGGAAAGGAUGAGGAGACUGGUGCUGGAAUUGCCCAGGUGGAUCCACAGCAGCUAGUAGUUCCCAAGCUAUCUGAGAGGUUUAUGGGGAUCAGGGCUGCCAUGGUCACCAAUUGCCCCCUUGUUAGUUCCUUUGCAGCAAAUCUUGGCUUUCGUGUAUUCCGGACUGAAGAUUUCGUUGCACAAUCUGGAUCUUCCACUGUUUCUAAGGAGACUGGAACGAUUUCCCGGGCAUCAAGUCUACUUGGAUUUUCAGAGGGGAAUGUUCAGGAGGCAUCUGAAUUUGAUCUAGUGUUUCUGCAUGUUGCCAUGGAGAAUACAAACAGCAAGUUGGGGAAACUGGGAAUGAAGACUGACCUAAACCGGCUUGAUAAAUUAGUCGGUGCAAUCAUGGAAGCCGCACCCAUCAGUUCAGCUAUUGCCUCCCGUAUUCAUGUAUCUGUGAUCUUGAGCUAUGGAUCUGCUGCUGAAAAUAAGGAUGAGUUCUCUAUCUCAAACUCCUCGACUGAAAUAGAUUCUGACUUGAACCUGCUUCGCCCACGCCAGAGCUAUACUAUGAAAGCAGGAAAUACAUUGAACGAUAUUAGGAAUCAUCAUCCAAUGCUGUUAGCACAGUGGCAGGAAGGAGUAACACGCUCUGAUUUGACCAAAGGGUUCUCUUUUGAGGAAUUCAUAAAGCGCGGUGGAAAUCUUGCUAUGCUUGCUGAGUGCUUUCUACAUGAGGUGGCAUUUAAGCUCUGGAAAGCUCCUAAAUAUGGAGCUUAGAUCCGCCUGAGGAGAUCCUCUCUUAAUAAGCCGCCGGAAAAAUAAAAGGAGCAAGUUAUUGGAUCAGUUCUUUCUGUAAAUGGGAACUGAAGAUAUUGCAAAUAGAUGAGAGUUUUUGGAGGAGACGUCUGCUCCUGAGGUUACAGAAUUUGAUAAAGGGGAUGCUGGUAAACUGAAAACUGCUACAGUUUUUUACUGAAUUGAUGGAGAUAUGUACUGUGUUUAACCGAUGUUUUUGAGUGGGAGAUCUUUCCUGAGCUUCUGUGAAACGCUUUUGCUGUUUAUGUAGAAUCCAUUUGCUCGAAACUUUCUAAUGUGUGAGCCGUUUCGGCACUAAGUUCAGUAA